AAUACGAAUAUAUAUUCUUAAAAUUUAAAAAUGGGAAGACGUAAGAGAAGAAACAAUGAAGACGAUGAUAAUGGCUUUGGGGCAUGGGAAGGAGGAUAUAUGGGUGCAAAAAAAUCCAAACUUAUGGAACAAUAUGAAAAACAAACAUCAAACGAAAUUAAUAAUAAAUUAUCAGAUAUUUUUAAAGGUAUAGCAAUAUUUGUAAAUGGAUACACGAUACCUUCUUCAGAGGAAUUAAAAUAUUUAAUGGCUUUACAUGGAGGUGUUUUUCAUCAUUAUCAGAAUUCUGAAACCACUCAUAUUAUUGCAUCCAUAUUACCAGACACAAAAGUUAAACAGUUGGGCAAUAAUGUUAAAAUUGUGAAACCCGCUUGGAUCUCAGAUAGUAUUGAAGCUAAUAAAUUAUUGGAUUAUAAGCCAUACUUAUUGUACUCAAAUCAAAGUAAAACUCAACCAAAAUUGAAUUUACUACAACAAUCAACGUCCAAGAAUGAUACAACAAUAUGCGAUCAACAAUAUUCAGGUUUAACAGCAAACGAUCCAAACUUUUUAAAUGAAUUUUAUAAUAAAUCUCGAUUACAUUUAAUAUCAACGUUGGGUACAAUGUUUAAAAAGAAAAUCACCGAUCUGCGUGAACAAUCGGAUUUUAAUUUUACUACAGCUCGAGAAAAAUUUCGACAAUACGUUUUAGAAAAUCCUGAAAAUGAAAAUCGAAUUGAUUUUAAUAAAAUUAUCAUGCAUAUCGAUAUGGAUUGCUUUUUCGUUUCUGUGGGAUUACUUACACGUCCUGAAUUGAGAGGAAAACCAAUUGCUGUUACACAUUCAAGAGCGAAACAAGUAAAUUUUAAAAUGCAGAUAUCCUUACAAAUAGAUAUGAAAAAAGGAUUUGGUCAUUUUUAGGAUUCUGAAGGUGCAGUUCAAGCAAAUAAUUCAAUGUCUGAAGUAGCAUCAUGUAGCUAUGAGGCACGAGCUAUGGGUGUUAAGAAUGGAAUGUUUUUGGGGACAGCGUUUACAAUCUGCCCAAAUUUGCAAACAAUUCCAUAUGAUUUUAAUGAAUACACUCGUAUUUCAAAUAUACUCUAUGAUACCGUUACCAGCUACACUUUAGAAGUGGAAGCUGUAAGUUGCGAUGAAAUGUACGUCGAUAUCACAGAAUUACUAAACGAUACUGGUGGAUCUGUUGAACAAUGGGCGACCUACAUACGUACAGAAAUACGAGAGAAAACAAAAUGUCCAUGUUCUACCGGAUUUGGUAGUAAUCGUUUACAAGCACGUUUAGCAACACGUUCUGCAAAACCUGACGGUCAAUACAUUUUAGAACCAGAUUAUGUUGAAACCUACAUGCAAAAUAUUAAAAUUUCUGAUUUACCAGGUGUUGGACAUGCCCAUUCGAAUCAAUUAAAAGAAAUGAGUGUGACAACAUGUAAAGAUUUACAAGAAAUUAGUUUAGGACAAUUACAAAGUAAAUUUGGUGAAAAAACUGGAAAAUAUUUUUACGAUUCAUGUCGUGGUAUUGAUGACAAAAAAUUAAUGCUGGAACAUGAACGAAAAUCAAUAUCGGCUGAAAUAAAUUAUGGAAUACGAUUUCAAACAAAUAAAGAUGCUAUCAAAUUUUUUGAUCAAUUGUGCACGGAAGUUCAUUCACGCCUUAUUAACAUUCAUAAAAAAGGCAAAUGUAUUUCUUUAAAGUUAAUGGUUCGUGCAAAAGAUGCUCCAGUGCAAUCAACAAAAUUUUUAGGACAUGGUAUUUGUGAGAAUGUUACCAGAUCAUCAACGCUACCAAAUGCAACAGAUGAUUUAAAUAUAAUUAAAAGGGAAAUUUUAUCAAUUUGGAAAAAAUUAAAUAUACCACCAUACGAAUUACGCGGAGUUGGAAUACAUAUUUCACGUUUAGAAAAAUUAUCUAGUCAAAAACCAGCAUUACCAAAUCAAUUAGCAAAAUUUUUAAAUAACCCAACGUCAGCAAACGUUACCACACCGGCAACGAAACAAAUAGAAAAAUAUUCUGAGAUAGCUAAAUCGGAAAAUUUAACAGUAGAAAAAAAUUUUCCUCGAAAAGGAAAGAAAAAGGUGGAAACAAAUGAAAUAUCAAAAUAUUUACAAAAUAAUAGACCAAUAACAUCGAAUAACAAAGUAGAAAUCGACGAAGACUUUUUAAAUAAUUUACCUGAAGACAUUCGACAAGAAAUUAUCAAAGAAUAUAAAUUGAAAGAUCAAAGUAGAAAAGAAAAUAUUUUAAAUAAAAACUCGAUAAAAUCUAUCGAUAAGAAUAAUUUGAAUCAGAUUUCAAUAGAAUUUAACGAUGUGAAUAAUGAAAUUGAUCAAGAAUUUUUGGAUAAUUUACCCGAAGAUAUUCGUUUGGAAGUGAUUCGUCAAAGUAAAAAAGAAACCACUAUAAAUAAAGACUCGGUAAAUUCGACUCAUAAGAAUAAUUCAAUUAAAAACUCAAUAAAAUUUACUGAUAAGAACAUAUUGAAUAAAAACUCGAUCGAAUCCAACGAAAUGAGUAAUGAAAUUGACCAAGAAGUUUUGAAUAAUUUACCCGAAGAUAUUCGUUUAGAAGUAAUGCAUCAGAGCAAAAAAGAAAACAUUGUUAAUACAAAGAAUACCGAUAAGAAUAAUUUAUUUAAAAAUUCAAACAAAAUUUUUGAUAAGAACAAUUUGAAUAAAAUCUCGAUCGAAUCCAAUGAAAUGAGUAAUGAAAUUGAUCAAGAAGUUUUAAAUAAUUUACCCGAAGAUAUUCGUUUAGAAGUAAUGCAUCAGAGUAAAAAAGAAAACAUAAAUAAUACAAAUUCGGUAAAAUCUAUUAUUGCGAACAAUUUAAAUCGAAAUUCAAUAAAAUCGAUCGAAAAAAACAAUUUCAAUCGAAACUCUGUGAAAACUAACGUAUCAAAUAAUGAAAUAGAUCAAGAAGUUUUAAAUAAUUUACCCGAUGAUAUUCGUUUGGAAGUAAUGCGCACAUAUAAUUUAAAAAUACCAGAAUCGAAAUCUUCGGUUGUUCAGAAACAAAACAAUAAUACAAAAACAUUACAAUCGAACGAAAAUGAUAAACAAAAAACAAAAACCAAUACGAAACCUUCAAUUCGAGAACAUAACUCAGAAUCAUCAAAUAACAGAAAUAAAACUAAAAAGGAAACUACUACAAAUACUUUUGAAUCAAUGGAUUGGAAAGAUGUUAAAAUGUUAAUUAAUGAUUGGGUUUCGCUGGAAUUAACACCGAAAUCAUUCGAUAUCGAUAUGGUAUUGAAAUAUGUUUGUCAGUUGGUUUAUAAAAGAAAAAUUGAAAUUUUAUAUGAAUUUGUUAAAUAUUUUUAUAGGUUAAUAAUAGUAAAUAAAAGAAAUUGUGACUGGCAUCGUGCAUAUCGAACAAUAAUCGAUGGAAUUCAAAAGUCAAUGUUAGAUCAAUAUAAAGCAAAAUUAGCAUCAUGUAAAUUAAUUGCAUGCGAAAAUUGUACAUAA